UGCUCCCCAUGUCACUCUGUCGCCCUGCUCCCUUGCUCCAUGCCACCCUGCCACUCUGCCACCCGUCUCUCCUGCCACCCUGCUCCCCGUGCCACUCUGUCGCCCUGCUCCCUUGCUCCAUGCCACCCUGCCGCCCAUCUCUCAUGCCGCCCUGCUCCCCAUGCCACCCGGCUCCCUGCCACCCCGCUCCCCCCGCCACCCUGUCCCCCUCGCCAUGCCACCCUGCUCCCUGCCAUCCUGCUCCUGUGCCGCCCAUGCCCCGCACCAUGCCACCACGCUCCCGCGCCCCCCGCUCCCUGUCACCCCGCUCCCCGCCACCCCGCAUCCGGCGACACACAGCCUGGCGGGGGGGGGCCGCGCUCCCCUGCUUCUGCCGGGGCGCAUCCAUCCCCAACCCAACCGCCGAGUUUGCCGGGCGAGAUUUAUUCCCGGCGAAUUCCCGGGGAGGGGGAUGCAGCGGGGAGCGGGGCGGCCCCUCCAUCGCCUCCGGGCCGAGCAGCCUCUCGCAUUCCCGCAGCUGAAGAGCUCGUCUCCCUCGCCCGAGGCGCUCCGGCCUCCUCCAGAUAUUUUAGGCCCAGGUUUUGGGAGGAAUGUUACAGGCGCCGAGCCCAAGCCCAGCGCUGAAGUCAGCAGGAGGCGAAGAGCCUGCGCGGGGCUCGGGGCCCCGGGGGCGGCGGCGGCCAUGGGAUGGGAUUGGGAUGGGAUGGGGUUGGGAUGGGAUGCUGCUCCCUCCGCCUGGAGCUCGUUUAGCGGCGGGAAGGGCAGAGGUUGGAGCCGGCGGAUGCCAGCACGGCUUCGCUCUCCCUCCGAGAGGAUCAAUACCACAUUUCGACGCUCCCCCCCCCCCCUUCCCCGGCUCCCCGCACCGCGCCGGUACGGGCUCCGUCGGCGCUCGCCCGCGUCCAUGCCUGGCGGGGGGUGGGCUUCGGCACGGGGAAGGGGGUCCCUGCCACUGUGCGUCCCCGGGAGGGAUGGUCCCCACCACUUCUGUCCCCGUCCCCUUCACCGAAGGAGGUAUUUUCGCCACGGUGGCGUGUCCCCUGCCAGCACCUGCACAGACCCACCUUCAUCACACCCCCCCAGCUCCAUCCCCACACACCAAACCCUACCUGCGCACGUGCCAACACCUCCCGCGGACCCCCCCUCUGCCUUCCCACCCCCUCGCAGCCCCCUCCCUGCCCCUCUGUCCCCCGUCCCCACACCCCCGGCCACCCUCCCUGUGCCGUGGCAGCUCAUCACACCUCCCAGCCCAGCUGGGUGUCCCCGGGGAGGGUGGGGGGGGGACACAGGCACGCACUUGGCCUUGCCGCAGAGGGAGUCCCCGCCGUCGGCCCGCCCUUGUCACGGCCCCGCUGGCACGACGGCGCCCUGCGUGCUCCGACAGCUGCAGCUGCCGAUUUUCGCUGUAAGCCCUUGUGCCUAGAAGGCCCAGAGCGAG